CCAUAAUCGUGUGGAAGAUAUUGAUAUUUUGGUGGCGGCCGCAGGGCUAUCUUCGUCAUUACAACAAAACGUCAUUUAAGUUAGGCUCUUCCACUUAAAAAGCAGCCUUCAUCACAGGCUUGUGGCUGCCUUAUAGAUUGGCAACAGCCUCUCUCUCUCUCUCUCUCUCUCUCUCUCUCUCUUCAAUAUGGCUGUAACAGAUUUCUUCGCCGGCGAGAUAGCCACAGAGCUUCUGAAACAGCUGGCCCUCAUAGCCCGAAAAUCGGCAUCGUGUCGGUCGAGCGCCAAGCAGCUCAUGGAUUACAUCAAUGACCUUCUCCCGAUCAUCCAAGAAAUCAAGCUGACCGGCAACGAGCUCUCGCAGCACCGGCAGCGGCAACUCGACACCUUCUCCCAGACUCUUUCUGGCGGCCUCGAAUUGGCCAACAAAGUCCUCAGCUCUCCUCGAUGGAACGUCUACCGUAACAUUCGCUUAGCUCAGAAGAUGGAGAAGUUGGAGAAGAACGUUUCCAGAUUCUUGAACGGCACUGUCCAGCUUCACGUGCUGGCAGAUGUGCAUCACGUGAGGUUUGAUACGGCGGAGAGGUUUGAUCAGCUGAACUGGAAGCUGGGGGCGAUGAAGAUCGGCGUCGACGGAGACGGAGGGUGCUUGGGAGCGGCGGUGAAGAGGGUGGAGGAGCAAGAGAGGUGGUGCGAGGAUAAUUUGGUCAAUCUGGGGUGCACCGGAUUGGAGCUCGGUAAGAUGAAGGUGAAGGAGAUGUUGAUGGCCAAUCAUCACAACGUCGUUGGGAUUCAUGGAAUCGGCGGCAUAGGCAAAACUACCCUCGCUAGAGAAAUAUGCAAAGAUGAUCAAAUCAAAAGUUAUUUCAAUAGGGUAUUUUUUCUGACUGUUUCUCAAUCUCCUAAUGUGGAGCAACUCAAGUCAAAGAUAUGGGAAACGGUAUCAGGGAGUAGCAUAGUCGGUAACGGGAGCAUGGGGCUUCUUCCCCAACUAAAAUUCGGAUGCGAUGUUGAAAGCUGUGCAAGAACAACUCUGUUGGUUCUUGAUGAUGUCUGGAAACAAUCUGUUGUGGAACAACUACUGAUAAAAAUUCCGGGCUGCAAAAUCCUGGUGGUUUCGCGGCUCAAGUUCCCGCCAUCAGUUGUCGACUGCUCCUACGAACUCGAUCUGCUGGCUGAAAAUGAGGCCAUGUCUCUCUUCUGCCACUUCGCCUUCGGCCAAACUUGCUUACCUGUGAGUGUUGAUGAGGAUUUGGUGAAGCAGGUGGUGGAUGAAUGCGGAAGACUCCCACUGGCUCUAAAAGUGAUCGGAGCAUCACUAAAAGGGCAGUCGGAGAUGUCGUGGACGAGCGCUAAGAGCCGGCUAUCGCGAGGGCAGCCUCUGAGCGAGUCCCACCAAGUGCAACUGCUGGAACGGAUGAAAAUGAGCAUCGACAAUCUGUCUGAGACGGAGAGGAUGUGUUUCUUGGAUUUGGGUGCCUUCCCUGAAGACAAGAGAAUCCCGCUUCACAUUCUCAUCAAUAUGUGGGUGGAGCUUCAUGACAUCCCUGAAGAAGAAGCCUUCACUGUAUUAGUCCAGCUUUCCGACAAGAAUCUGCUUACACUAGUCAAAGAUGCUAGGUCGGGAGAAAAAUAUAGCAGUUACUAUGAGAUAUCCGUUUACCAGCACGACGUGCUUCGCGAUCUAGCAAUACAUCUCAGCAAUGAUGGCCCCGUCAAUCUACGGAAACGGUUACUCAUGCCCAGAAGAGAAGCAGGGCUUCCCAGAGAGUGGGAGAGGAAUACAGAUCAGCCCUUCAACGCUCAAGUCAUAUCCAUACAUACAGGUGAAAUGGGUGAGAUGGAGUGGUUAGACAUGGAGUGCCCGAAAACCGAAGUGGUGGUGCUGAAUUUCUCAUCCUCUGAAUACUUCCUGCCGCCGUUUCUGGAGAGGAUGCCCCGUCUAAGGGCUCUUAUAUUGAUAAACCACAACGCCUCCAACGCCCAUCUCCACAACACCUCAGUCUUCAGCAGCUUAACCAAUCUGAGGAGCCUCUGGUUCGAGAAGAUCUGUCUGCCACUACUGCCGGACACCACGAUCCCCUUGAAGAAGCUGCAGAAGGUGUCGCUAGUCCUAUGCGACAUAAGCAAAACCGUGGAGGAGCAUUCGGUGCUGGGCCUAGCCCUCCUCUUCCCGCAUCUCUCGGAGCUCACAUUGGACCACUGCAUCAACUUGACGGAGCUGCCCACCAGCAUAUGCGGGAUGCCGACGCUGACGAGCCUCAGCGUCACCAACUGCGACAGCCUGGAGGCGCUGCCGGCCGAGUUGGGCAGGCUGAGCUCGCUGGAGAUCUUGAGGCUGUCGGCGUGCCCGAGCCUCAAGAGGCUGCCGGCGGGAGUGGGAAACCUGGACCGGCUCAAGUACCUGGACGUGUCGCAGUGUGUGAACCUGGGGGGGCUGCCGGAGAAGAUUGGCGGGUGCCGCAGCCUUGAGAAGAUCGACAUGAGAGAGUGCCCGCAGAUGAGGAGGGUGCCGGAGUCGGUGGCGUUCCUGCAUUCGCUGCGGCGCGUGGUGUGCGAUGAAGAGGUGUCGGGGCUCUGGAAACACAUGGAGAAGGCGAGGCCGGGUCUGUGUCAAGUGCCUCAGGAAUGCUUUACUCUCGACUGGCUCGCUGACUGAGAGAGUGAGUCACCAUAUUAGAACUCCCAUUUGCUGUAAAUAUCAACAAUCUCAGCGUUUUAAUUAGACUACACUUUUUCCUUUUUUACCUCAAUUAAAUCCCUUCAAAUUCA